AUGGAUGCCGAGUCGAAGAAUCAGCAGAAGAGUCACGGUUACCAAGAGAAUAUUAGGAAUCGCUUCUGGUUUUUGGAGAAAGGCGGAAUCUUUCACGUCUCAAGAAAAUGCAGCCACACGUCAGAAAGUGGAAUCUAUCGUAAAAUCGCCGGAAAAUCGAUCAAUGAUGCAGAGCCCAAAACCAAUGAAAUUCAAAGCUUCAAAACCAAUAGUUCGAAAGUGCAGAUUCGAAUUAUUCCACAGUCAACAACCCAGCAGCAGAUAAAAUCGCGAAACAUUGCUACCAAUAACCAAUUUUUUAAAAUACUCCCGAAGGCACCUAUGGCAUCUUCAGUUUCCCUGAAUAAUAAUCAAUAUUUUGGGUCUUGGAUCAAGGUAAAAAAUCCUCACUUACCGGAAGCGACAGCUGUUGCCAAAUCAGGAAAGUCAAAGCUCUCGUUUCUCCAAGCGGAUUCCACCAAAAAGAUAUCCAUAAAAUGCCUACAGAACAUAAUUAUUCGAAAUUAG